AGAGAGAGAGUGAAAGAGAGAGAGAGAGAGAGAGAGAGAGAGAGAGAGAGAGAGAGAGAGAGAGAGAGAGAGAGACAUAUGGAGUCCACACACACAGCAGCAUUGAUCACGGUCGAGUGACAGGAUGAGAGUGACAGUGAAUGAAGAGGACGAGUGAAGAUGAGAUGGACUGAAGAUGCUGCUGGACGAGCUCGAGUGAAUUUGUAAACGCAGGCAUCCAUGCAGCUUCCUGAAGAUGACAACAGAACCUCAUCUCAUCUGAAACGCAGCAUCCUCACUGCAGACGCUCAUUCCAAUCAGACUGGAAGUUUCUGAUUCCUGUUCUGUUCCUGUCACAAGAAAAGAAUGAAGGGAACGACAGAAACAAGGAACCUCGAGUCAACUUGAAGAGAUGAAUUGCCAGGUCAAGAUAUGUUUCCAUACCAGCAAGGACUGUACACAAGUUUCAAUUUGAAAAUGGGACAUUAACGGUGCUGGGACACUUUUUCUUGGGUCAGUCUUUUAUUAAAGUUUAUUUAUCCAGUUAUUUUUCAAACAAAUGAUUUCUGCAGAAAAAGAUCGUGAGAGGACUUUUUAAUCCUCUUGGCUGUGAAAUCAUGAUGCAGACUUUUACAAUAUACUCACAUGCCUACCUUGCCAAAGUUUCAUACUGUUCAGGGCUUGCACAAGCAAUGUGUACCACCUCUGCGCAAACUGUGUCUCUGCCAUCUUAAAUUGUGCUCACCAAGAGAAUUUAAGUGCCCCUGUGGACCGAUGGGGUUGUUGCUCAGGAUACACUUAGUUCUUCUCUUGCUUUUAAAGACAAUUGCUUAUAAAGACGCCUUGUGCCAAAACCAAAACCUUCUCUGACAGGAUUACCAUCGAGACAUCUUUUCAAAAACUCUCAGUCAUGUGACCAGAGGUCAAGACCAGUCACAUGCUCUUCUGUCAUCGGCUGGUCGGUUUUAUUUAAUUUUUGUUACAUGCAGCAUUUAUCAUGUAAGUCAGUGCUCUGUAACCAUGUUUUAAUCCAAUGAAAGGUGUAUUAGCAUUCGUUUUGUGGAAACAGACCAAAACACUGAAAAAUCGCAUUUACAUCUAUGGUUCAUAAACUACUAGGGUCUGAUAACAUGGUGAGCAAAGAGCCCAACCAUUUGCCAAGUGUUCACAGCCAUAGCAAUGGCAACCCAGACAAAGCAGCCACCACCGUGACUGUGCGAUCCGUGCUCCUCAAUCGGAACUCUCCGGAUAUUGAAAGCCGACUUAAACGUAGACGAAAUCGCACGCAGCAGGUACGCUUCAAAGAUCUGGAUGAUGAUGAGGUAAAAAACGAUAAAGUGAGGAGUAAGAGCCCAACAGAGGUUCCGAAAUGGCGAAAGGAGCUGACUAACGGGCCCUCUUUAGUGGGAUCAGUCUGUGGGGACAUGGAAAAGACAAUAGGGGCAGUGACAGCGUUUCUGAAGAGAGCUCCGCCACAUCCGCUCACUCCUGGGCCAACCAGACGCUGCUGGGUCCCGACACAUCCGUGUUCUCUCACGCUACCACUGCCAAGUCAACCUUGCAGGAGUACAGCCAUUCAGACCUCACCCAGUUUGCAAAAACCUCCAUCACUUUCAGUCACCCAAAUUCGCAGUCAUAGCCUGGGGGACGGAGUGGGGGAAGGCUGGGAUGAUGAGGAUUCUUCUGAUGAGCUGACUGCACAGGUAUGCUUUUCAACUCGUACAUCCCAGACGAGCCCCGGCCAACAGCAUUUCCCCACUGAGCAAUCAGGCUGCUCGAAAACUGAGGACAAUCAAACCACCUCUUUAGGUAGAAAAACGCAACUCCAGCCGAGUUCUUCCACACCACACAAACAGUCCAGAAGGAGAGGGAGGAGGAAAUUGUUAAGUAGAGCAGCAAGUGAUCCUGGGAAACCUGAGCCUCCUCAUAUUUCCCCAUCUAAUACUGUACCUGCUGAGAGACAACAUCAAAACUCUUAUCAAUCUAAGAAAGCCCCAUCUGAAGCUGUGGUACACAGAACAUCAUCAUCUGAUGUACCUUCACAGCAUUCUCCCAACCCUAACCCACAUCAUAAUAUGCCAUAUAGUGGCUCUCCCACACAAACUGAACCAAGCUGUGAUUCAAAAAAUCAAAGUGUCUCAGGCCACCAAGCCUCUUUACAAACUGAUCUUUUAACCAUGUCUUCUGUAACCCUAGAGGAAUACCCAAACUCUUGCCAAAUUCUAACAGCAGAAGCACCUCUGCAAGCCUCUCAGACUGUUUCCACCUGUCCCAAUGAAACUCAAAAUGUACCAUUACAAAGUUGUCCACCACAGGGUUUUUUACCCGGUGUCUCUUUGACACAAACAGAGCACAGCACGACCAUUUCAGAGUCUUUGUGCUUUACCACACAACAAGUCACUUCAUCCUCAAUACAUGGGGAGUCAAGCUUGUCUCUUAGUGAAACAUCAGGGCAUUGUUGCACACCUGCUAUUCAAAUGAUUACAAACUGUACGACUCCCCCAAUACCCAAGUCCUGCUGCAUUUCAGAGUCAUAUGCAGAAUCCGUAACCCCGGAUAAAUCCAGGCCAGGUUGCCAGACAUUAGAGGAAAGCAUGGCAAGCUACAAUAAUGUUGGCCAAAAGGCAAUUUCCUGUUCUCAAGGAGCAUCUGUUUUUUCCUCCUCAUUCAGUACUGCACAUCAAUGCCAAAAGACUCCAACACAACCACUAGCAUGCAAUAACACGCCAAUUCAACCUGUGUCCUCUGUAAUAAGUCCAACCCAAUCUGUAACUCCUAAUCAGUCUGUGCCAAGUAGUAAGGUCCCUGCACCAAAUGCACCAUUUGGUACUUCAUCUCAUUCUGUAUCCAAAUGCAUCCCAGAUACACAAACUGUGCAAACCACUACACUGACUACAAACACCCCAACACCUAUUCAAUCCACAAUUCAACCUUCAAUACAAUCUAUACUUUACUGUGACAUAUCAGCUACCCUAACAAGUACAGAACCUAUAGCAUCUCAUAAAUAUCCAACACAACCCAUUUCUCACAAUAUGAUGUCCUUUCCUCCUAGCCCUUCCUGUGCCAGUAAACCAUACAAUGUGUCACACUUAAAGAGCUCCCUUCCCCCUGCGGCUCACAUCGUUCCCAUCGGACAAACUGCAGUGCAUUGCAUUCUGGAUCCACAAAAUAUGGGAACUCAUGUGACUCCUGCUCUGCCUGUUUUAAUUUGCAGCCCUUCCACACAACCUGUGCCAGGUAAUCUCUGUGCUGUUCGAACAUUGCCACACUGCAGCGUUUCUGUGCAACAUGCCCCUUGUUGCAGCAACCCCCCUCAAACUGUCCACAAUUUUAAGACUUCUGCUCAAACUGUACCACACUCCAAGUCAUUUCCACAGAACAUGUCACCCAUCCUCUGUUCACGUGAGCCCACGACAUACACUAAUAUUCCCCAGGAAACUGUGCUUCCCUGUGCCAAUUUCAGGCAUUCUUUACCUCCUUAUGCCUGCACUCCACAAACUGCUUUGCUGUACUCUAACACAGGGACUUACCCCUCCCCUCCUCAGGCCUUCUGCAGCACUCAGGACAGAAGAGACAGAAGAGAGUUUAUGCUUCCUCCCCCACCUCCUCCUCCUCCUCCUCCAUACACUCCCCGCAAAGAGGACUCCUCGACUCCGGGAAAGCCCCGCAAGCCUCCUGUGUCCAAAGGCGACAGCAACGAUGCGGGAAAGGACAAAGUGAAGACUGGGAUAGCAAAGUCAGAUGCUGAAGCAAAAAUUGAUGAAAUCCCACCCCCUAUCCCUCCCAAAAGUAAGGCAAGAGCUAUGGUAAAACCCACGUGUUUGGGCACCCGACGUGCGAUCCUAGGCACAGAAUCCCAGUCCGAUGCGAAGCACCUGCCUCCUUCUGCAGGAAUAAACCCCCAGACUCCCCUCAGAUCAGCAGAGGGCCAAGGAGACACACUGCGACAGGUGCAGGAGCUGCUAGGGGGGCUCAUGUCUGGGGCUAAAUGUAAGCUGGACCUGGCAAAGGCAAAAGAGAAACUGUUCGGCCCAAACGGCCCUCUGUACGACAUUGGGACUCUGCAGUCUCAGCUGCACAGCCUGGAGGGGGUGUUGGAGACCAGCCAGAACACCAUCAAGGUUUUGCUGGAUGUCAUUCAGGAUCUGGAGAAGAAGGAGGCUGAACGAGAAGGAACACAAACUCAUGCAGGUUUGGAACAACAUGGAAGACAUUCUUAUCGAACAGGUCAGGAUAUUGAGAACUGUGGCACGUGCAGAGACUGCGCCUGUAUCAUAUACAGUGUGGAGCAUGACUUUCGUCUUCAGGAGGGUCAGGUGACUCGGGCGUGGAAAGUUCCAGAGAAGCAGGAUUCGGAGCAGAGUUCUCCUCAGCUCGUCUUUUCUCCUCCACGCCAGCAGGAGUCCCCACAGUCUCUGCAGACGGUGAAGAAGAAUCGCAGGAAGUGUUUCUGGUUCCUGUGAAGUCUUUAUCAGCAGGAUGUGACAUCACUUAUUAACACGGGCAGUGUUUUAAAACCGACUUUAAGCCUCUUCAGCUCCUCUGGUUCUUCUCAGUGAUGCAUCUCUUCAAGUUUUUGUCAACGUUUUGUACUUUUAAACGAGGAUCAGGGUUUGCUUUGGUAUUACAUAUUUACAGUAGAUGGAGAGAAUUAAUGUACGUCUCAAAAACAUUUGAACUCACCUUCAUACUGUAUGAUUUGGAGGUCAUGGUCACUAUGAUUUAUAAUGGAGAGGAUUCCUCUACACAGCGUAUGGGUUUGAAAUGAUGCGAUGGUGAGUACAUGACAAAACUUUGACAUCUAGAUGAACUUCUGUUACUUUAAGAGUUAAACGAGAAACCAGAGGUGGAGAUGAGGUUUUUGUUUGGUUUAUUUUUAGCUGAAGAUCAGAGAGACAAAGAGUGACUGAUACACACAGACAGCAAGAGAUAAAAGAGAGAAAAUACACCAGAAUAAAAGCUGCGUCGUCACUUUGGAGCAAUGAGGGUCAAAACACCAGCUUUUAUACUAUUAAAAUGUUAAAUAUUAACAUCCACGUGCUUAAUGCUUUUAUGUAAAUGAUCUAACAACUAUACACGCACAGCGAUAUUUAAGGCAGAGAUAAAGGGGAUUUUCAAAAUGUGCCAUUUCAUUCUUUAUGAACGCUUAAUUUACAAACCCAUUAAAAAGCUGUAUAAAAUAUUUUACUACACAAUAACCGUGUGAUGUGUUGUUUGUUUGUGUUUAUUUAUCAUCACGUAUUUAAACACAACGAGGACUGCUUUUAUUCAUAACACUGUCAUUAGUAAAGUUCUUAGUAGUUAAUAAAUAAUAUUAUUGUAUUUUUAUUGUAACUGGUCACACCUGCCCUAAGCGGGACUCAAACCGGUUUGGCAUUGGAUACGGGCAAUCUAGCAAAGAGGUUAAAGGUCAUGAUCUGACCUCUAGGUUUAGUCUGGGAGUGAGGUUUACUGUACUGAAUACUGUAGCUGGCCUCCGUUACAUAAAGCCAAAUACUGGACACAAAUUCAUCUAAAAAGCAUUUAGUUUAGAAAUGGACCAUAAAGUUUGCCACAGACACAGAUCAUAGGCACAUGUUUGUUUGUACUUGUUACUUUGCUCUUGUUUUCAUCUUAAAGUCUUGCUAAAGAAGCUCUUAUGUUUUGUAAGAAACUCUUGAGUGGAGUACAGGUGAACAGCGCUGAACUCCUUCAUCCACUUCAGAUGAAUUCACUUCAAUGUUUGUCUGCAGCUGAAGAGAAAACUCAGAUGUAAUGUAGAAAUACAUCAGUCAUGAAUCACAUUAAAACACCUUUAAUAUACAGUAGAGGUGAGCGGGGCACAAACUAACGCAGGGUUAAUUGUAACGCAACUACUUUAAAUAUUUUAAAAAAAAUCUUUUAUCUCUGAGCCGUUGGGCGCAAUUUGAAAC